ACCAGUCAAGACAGUAACCAAAAGUUUGGAAGAGCGGUAAAUCAAAACCCCAAAGAGAAUUGACAAGUAACAAAAAGUAGAAAGAGAAAAAAAAAAGGUAAGACAGACUCUUACAAAAUUAGUUUUCGAAAAGCAGCACAAAAAAAUUCACACCCGCUUAACUAAACCAAAAGCACACAAUGGAUAGUCUUGUCUGCUCUUUGUUCGUUUUGAUUGUUCCCAAUAAAUAUGUGAGAGCUGAAAAAAAACCAAAAUACCAAAAGAACAAAAAGCAAAAAAAAAAUAAAAACGAGAAGCACCGAGAGGUACGGCCCAAAAAGUCCAAUCAAAUCCGAGCCAACAAAGUGUACCAAACACCGUAGACCCGCUACUCAAAGGGAUUCAAUUUAAUACGAAGUCCAAUGGUCUAUAACCCGAGCAAGCAGCAAAGUACACAAGGGCAGCUUACGUCCAAUAAAUUGCAAAAACCAAGCAGGUGAUAAAAGUAUCUAAUUGUAGUCAGCGGCUAAAUUGUCUUUUAGCGCACUGCAACUGGAAUAAACUUGCAAGAUCUAGCAGCACCUAAAGACAAAGCUAAAAUAAAAGGUAACACGUACUAACAGUGACAACCCACAGUAUCCAACACCAAUAACCAAUGGAACUGGUAGCUUUUUUGGCAAAAAGAAGAAGAUUCUAAAGCAAAGAAGAAAGUGAUUGAUCGAAUCGCAAAAAAAAAGCUAACAGAAGCUUAACCAAACAAAGAAAAAAAUAAAAAAGUCCAAUUCUCAGAUUUUGACAGAAAACCAAAUUAAAUUC